AUGGCUCGGCGGCGGGGGCAGCACGGCCUGAGGGAUACAUUGACGGACUUGGCGGGGGAUGUGUGGCACAGCGCGUUUCUGCCUGAGGCUUCUCCCGACAGCAGCAGCAGCAGCAGCUGCUGCUGCGGUUCUUCUUGCUGCUGCAGCAACAGCAGCAGCAGCAGCAGCAGCAGCAGCAGCAGCAGCGCGAGGCUUGAGCAGCUGCUGGUGUCUUUGCUCGGCAGCAGCGAGGAGACUGUGCGCAUGGAGGCGGUUAAGCUGCUUAAUGCCUUUUACGACAGGUGUCUAGGCCGCUGCUGCAGGACGGGGGUUUACUCUUACCACGCGCUGCAGUGGCAGCAGCAAAUAGAGAGCGAGGAGCAGCAGCAGCAGCUGCAGAUACACCUGGAGAAUAAAAAAGAAGAAUUGUUGCUGCUGAGGAAAGCAGCAAGCUUUAGAUCCUCAGAUAAAAAUCCUGUCUUUGCUGCUGGGGUUGCUGCUGCACCACCUCCUGCUGCUGCUGCUGCUGCUGCUGCUGCUGAUGCUGUUGCUGCUGCUGCAGCUGCUGCAGCAGCACACACACAAAGUACACACACAACCCCACGCCUCUCCCCAGCAAGGACCCCGACGCUGCAUCACCAGCAGCAGCAGCACCAGCAGCAGCAGCAGCAGCAGCAGCAGCAGCAGCAGCAGCAGCAGCAGCAGCAGCAGCAGCAGCAGAAGAGAAGCACGCUGUGGCUCGGCCGCGUUGACUUUGGGUUUUUUACUCGUUGUGGUUUUUACGAUUGGAGGAUAUGCAGAGCCAAUGAACAAGAGGGCACCUGGUCUGUUGUUGAGAGUGCUGGGAGGAGACAGGCAGCAGCAGCAGCUGCUGCUGCUGCAGCAGGAAGCAGCAGCAGCAGCAAAGGGCGACGCACAGCAGCAGCAGCAGCACAAGCCCUAAGACACCGCCAGCAGCAGCACCGGCCCCUCUCUGGAGCUGUUGUAGACGAAUGUUAUCCUCUGCAGGGGCGCGUCAUCGUGCUGCCCGAGGGUUAUCAAGAGCUGCAGCCCCACGAAAUUUUUGUUGAUCAGCACGAGGCCCAGUGGCACGAGGAGACAGGGGCUUUGACCCAGCGGGGUUCGUUCGAGAGCGUCGCCAGCAGCGCCAAGGGUUUCAGCGCUUCACGCAUAAAUUGUUUGUUUAUAAGUGGAGCUCAGGAGAGAGACACGGGGAUGCCUCUAUACACCCGCCUGGACGAUGUAACAUAUGAAAACCCUGAUGCUAGCCCCUUUGCUUCGCCUUGCCGCUCAGCCCCCUGCACUUUGUUGGGGGGUAGCCCAGGGUUUUCUGAGUUGGUGCAGGAAUGUCAUCGAGAAGGCAUGAGGGUUGUUGUUGAUGUUUCUACGAGGGUUUCUUCCUCUCACCCUCACCGCCACUACUUGCCGCUGAUGCUUAUGCACGAGGAUGCCGAGGGAAAAGCCAACUUUUUUUAUGGAGGCGAAACCAGGGGUAUCAAGCGUGGAGAGACAGCUCUGCUAAACUACAGAAAGGUAGCGAGCUGGAACCGCUUUGUGUUGGAUGUUUUGGCUUGGAUUAAGAGAUUCGGUAUCGAUGGUUUGAGGCUCCUCAACAGCAACAGCGCGCCGGAGGUUUUGGUGGCGAAUGAAACCGCUCUAAACCGCCGCGAUGCCGACGGCCAGUCUGCGUAUUCACCAGAAGAAAUCAUCACGGGCCAGGUGGUGGUGCCAGGCACAAACAACAUGACGGGGUAUUGGAGUCUAGCGAAGUCUCCUCGCUUCUACCCAAACCCUUUCCUUAUCAAGUAUGCGGCGAGUCUCCUCUGUCUCAUCGGCCCCGUUUCUGUUCUUCUUGCUCUGCUGCUCUCCCGGAGCGGCCACGUCUCUGUGGCUUCGCUUUUUAAAACCCUCGGCAAGCAGCACGCAGCAAUGCCUCCAGGUGGAACGUUGCUGCAGCUCUCGUGCGGGCCAGCGUCCCCGUUGCCUCUGCUUUCAUACAAAAAAGCAGCGAGGGUUUACCAGGACCUCUUGUGUUUUCUCCCUGACUCCUUCGUGACAGGUAGCAAACCCUAA